AUGAUUAAGCUCCCUACUAAAUCUGCAAAACAACAAAGAGUUGAAAAAAUACCCCAUAAUAUUGAGUCUAAUAAUAAAUUUGAUGUAUUAAAUGAAAUUAAUGAUGCUAAUGUUGAAAGUGCUAGUAAUACUACACCUAGCCAACAGACAGUGCAGCAGGAGCCGAGGAACAGCCAAGAAAAGGCUAUCCCCCCCAAUAAUGUGAACCUUAAUGGCAGCGGUAAAGUUGGAAUUUCUGAUUUUGACUUGCUGAAAGUGUUAGGCACAGGAGCAUAUGGAAAAGUGUUCUUGGUGAGAAAAUCACGUGGACAUGAUCGGGGGAAGUUGUAUGCUAUGAAAGUGCUGAAAAAAGCUUCUAUAGUUCAAAAGCAGAAAACAUUAGAGCAUGCCAAAACAGAGAGACAAGUUUUAGAAGCAAUUCGCCAGUCUCCUUUCCUUGUAACACUACAUUAUGCCUUUCAGACAGAUGCAAAACUUCAUCUGGUUUUAGAUUAUGUUAGUGGAGGAGAGUUGUUCACUCACUUAUAUCAGAGAGAUCAUUUUACUGAAGAGGAAGUGAGGAUUUAUGUUGGAGAAAUUAUUCUUGCCUUAGAACACUUGCAUCAGCUUGGAAUUAUAUAUCGUGAUAUCAAAUUAGAAAAUAUUUUAUUGGAUUCCGAGGGUCACAUAGUGCUUACGGAUUUUGGUUUAAGCAAAGAAUUCCUUCCUCAUGAAACGGACCAAAGAACAUAUUCUUUUUGUGGAACUAUUGAGUAUAUGGCUCCUGAGGUGAUAAAAGGAGGAAGUACAGGGCAUGACUUUUGCGUUGACUGGUGGAGUGUCGGUGUGUUAACGUAUGAACUUCUUACUGGUGCUUCUCCAUUUACUGUUGAAGGUGAAAAAAAUACUCAGAGUGAAAUCUCAAAGAGAAUUCUACGAGGCUUGCCUCCUAUUCCUGAUCACUUAUCAUCUGAAGUGAAGGAUUUUAUCCGGCGACUUCUUGUCAAAGAUCCAAAGAAACGAUUAGGUGGUGGUCCAUCAGAUAGUGAAGAAUUAAAGCGGCAUAAAUUUUUCAAAAAUUUGAAUUGGGAUGAUCUGGCAAAAAAGAAAAUAGAAGCUCCGAUUGUUCCUGAGAUUACUGGUGAAUUGGAUACAAGUAAUUUUGCUGAUGAAUUUACUUCCAUGACGCCUGCAUAUUCUCCUGCUGCUGUGCCACCUAACAAUGAUAAAUUAUUUAAAGAUUAUUCCUUCGUUGCUCCAUCUGUACUUUUCAGCAGAAACGUGAUAAGUGAUGACAUCUUUGGAUGUUACCAUGAUAGUCGACCAGACACUUCUCAGCUGCUGGCAGCAAAAUUUAAGAAUUCACCAUUUUUUCAGAAUUAUGAUCUUAUAAUGAAAGAAGGUCUCUUAGGUGACGGAAGUUUUUCUGUGUGUAGGAAAUGUGUAAAUAAGAAAACUCAAUUAGAAUAUGCUGUAAAAAUAGUGAGCAGGCGUAUUGAUAGUUCCCGUGAAAUACAACUCCUAAAAUUGUGCCAGGGUCAUCCUAAUAUUGUUAAUUUGUAUGAAGUAUAUCAAGAUGAUACUCAUACUUAUGUUGUAUUAGAAUUACUUAAAGGAGGAGAGCUUCUAGACAGAAUAAGGAAGAAGGAUAAGUUUACCGAGAAAGAAGCUAAUAGAAUAUUUAGACAUUUAGUAUCUGCUGUUAACUUUAUGCAUGCUCAUGGAGUUGUUCAUCGAGAUCUUAAACCGGAGAAUCUCCUGUUUGUAGACUCGUCUGAAAAUGCCAUCGUGAAGAUAGUAGACUUUGGUUUUGCUCGACUGAUGCCGACAGACAACCAGCGGAUGAAUUCUCCAUGUUUUACUUUGCAAUAUGCUGCACCAGAAGUAUUGAAACAGACCUUUCCAGCACCAGGAAAUAACGGCUAUAGCGAAGCUUGUGAUUUAUGGAGCUUAGGAGUGAUAUUGUACACCAUGUUGUCUGGAAAAACUCCUUUUCAAACUUACAGCAGGGAAGCUAGUGCAGCUGCAAUAAUGCAACGUAUUCGAGAGGGCGAGUUUUCAUUCACUGGGCCUCAAUGGGAUGUUGUGUCUCAGGAAGCAAAGGAGGUUAUUCAAGGUCUUCUAACAGUUGAUCCUCAUCAGCGACUUACAAUGCCACAACUGAGGCUACAUCCAUGGGUCCAGGCUCCUAAACUUAUAACAUAUUCUAGUACUCCUCUUAUGACGCCUGAUGUUUUGAGUUCCUUAACUUCUCCCAGAGUAGCAGCUGUCCUUAAUGCUACCAUGGAUGCCUUUCAUAAAGCAACACGAGAUGGUUUUCGCUUGCAAGAUGUUUCUGCCGCUCCUCUUGCACAACGUCGUAAACAAAAGAAAAGUUCAACAGAUGUGGGCAGCAGCUCUUCUCUUAGUAGUGAUAUUUCAUCAAGUAGAACUUCAUAUUCAUGUUUUUCAUCUUCUGAGAAAGAUGGGAAUCACAAAAUAACAAAAGACAAACAUUCCGUGUUUGAUUACUCCGAAGAAAGAGUUGCUGACUAUUUGUCUACAUUACCUGACAUUUCUAAGACUAGAUUACUUCAUGGAACUGUGACAUGGUCAGCCAGUGACCAACUUGAGAAGUGUUCGAAGGGAAAUGCACACGUUCAACACAGGCCGACAACUCGUUCCUGCAAGCGGAAGCAGGAACCUGCUCCUGUUGUUAGUUCUCAAAGUGACGAAGAUUGUGUUUUCAUCGCUGAAAUUCCUGCUACUAGACAAAACACUAGAAGAAUUAAGAAAGCUAAAGUAAUAUCAACCUGUUGACGGGUUCUGCUUCGAGUAAAAUAAAAAACUGAAAAAUUGCCUUUUCAUGUGUUUAACAAAUGAGAGCUUGUUUAAUUUCUUUCUGGAAUUAAAAAUCACUAUAUCAUUAAUUUAUUAGUAUCUCAAUACUUGUAAAUUAUUGAAUAAGUUUAUGAAAUGUAAUUGCCAUGAGAGUAAUUUAAGUAAUUUAUUUUUAUGAAAUGUAUAAAUAGAAUUGUCCUCAAAUUUAAAUAAUUGAAAGUUACUUGACAAAAAUACUUUAAAUAACAGAAAAUUUUCUCUUGAUUUCAUAUUGAAUAUUUUUAUUUUCUUCAGAAUAUAGUUAGUUUUCUAGAAAAAUUGUACAUAUAUGCAUAAUUGGGUCCACUCGAGUUGAAAUGCAAUUGUACUUGCUUGAUGUCUCAUGUCUUUCAAACGGGCCUAUUAUGAAAUUUUUCGACUAGUUUAGAAAAGUUUUUUCAUUCAUUAAGUGCCUCAGAAUAUAUUUUGCACAUAAUAUAUAGGAACAAGUACGUUAGCAAUUAAAUCACAAACUAUUGGUGCAUACUGCAUGAUGUAAAUGUGUAUAAACUUAAGAUUAAAGCAUCAUGAACCAUUUUAAUACUCAGUAACAGAGUAUUUCCUCAUUGGAUUUUUUACAUUUAUUAUAUUAAAAGCAUUCUAUUUAUUGCUUAUAAUUCAGAUUAGUUUGACAGUUGCUAAAAUAGUCCUGUUGCUUGAGCAUCACAUAUCUAAUCAUGUUGAUUUCACUGGCUAAUUAUUGGCUGAAAGAAAUUUCAUAUGUCUAAAGAAUGACAAGUUACCUUGUGAUGUAGGGUGUGUUGCGAGAAAGAUUAGUUUAAAUAUUUAAACAUUUUGACACAUAUCACAAAUUUUGAAACAGCAUGCAUUUAAUAUUCUAAUACAUUAAAAUUUUAUUUAAAAGUUGAUUUCAGAUUCAGUUAAAAAAUGUAAAAUUCCAUAAUUUAAAUUACAAAAGGUUUGAUAUUGUGUAUUUUUUCUUUAUUAUCAAAAAUUCCGAUUUCCAAGUUGUACAUAUUAUAGUUUUAUAAUCUAACCAAUAUAUCAAAAAGUUUUAUCAAAGGAUUUAUAAUUGAAAGAAUUUUUCAAUGUGAAUAUUAUUUCUUUUAGAAUCUAUAAUUUGGCAUUUCAUGUACUUAGUAUAUGUAGACUGUAAAGCCUUACUGAGUUGACCACUUCUAAGGGUAGCAGUACUUCUGAGAUCAUAAAUAAUAAUAGUAUUGAAUAUUAACUCAGUCAUGUUCUGGUGUGACAGUUGCUCAUGAGUGAUCAUCUUAGGGAAGUUUCACUGGAUUUGAGUACUGUAAUAUUUGUACUAAUAUGCUAAGGCUUUUAUAACUGUGUUAGCUCACUGAUAGUUUCAUAACGAUUCUAAUUCUAAUGGUGUGGGUGUGUAGUAAGAUCCAAAAGUAUGAGGACUUGGCACAUAAUUUAAAAUACUUAUGCAAGUGCAUCCUGGAAAUAAUCUCCUUGUGUGACAGUGCAGUUUUACUAGCAUUUGUACGGCUGGAUGUAUUGGCAUGAGUCAUCUCUUGCAGCCACCUAUUAUCCUUCAGUGCUGUUUUUUGUUUUUGUCUAAUGUAUCGUCACGCUCACUUAAAACGUAAUCAGAGAAAGUUCUGGAACUUUCUCAAAAAAAAAAUUGGGGAAGUUGGGCAGAACAAUCCUCUCAAAUAAUAAAAAGUUCAUAUUUUAAAGUUCAUAUUUUUUAACCUGCCAAAAAAAAUGCUGUUUGAGAAAAAUGCUGAAAAAAAAAAUGCUGAGAGAGCAAGUAAAGAAAAAAAGUAUUUUAAUCAUUUCAUCUGUGAAAUAAUUUUAUUAAACUACAGCUCCCUUACCACUUGUCAAUGAGCUACAUGUUGUUCUUUUCAAAACUGUAGCUAUCUUAUCACCCUUCUCCUUAGGAGUACAAUUUCCCUAAAAAUAAUAAGACAGUUUAGAAAUUAUGAGAAUAUGUCAUUACGGUAUAAAAAAAAAACCAAACUUGCAUAUUAGUGCAACCACCGGAAGACAGUUUUAAUUUUUUUUUAACAGAAGGAAAAGAAUGGUGUCUUAUGAUUUUAAUAUAUAUAUAUAUAUAUAUUUCAAAAAUUCAUAAAUAAACCUACUUACAAAUGAGUUUUUGUUUACUUAGAUUUUUGGAAAUUCUGUGGCAGUCACAGUAAGAAUUUAGAGCAGUGAUUCCCUUUAAAGAUUUUUCAUCAAAUAUUGUAUACCUACUGAAUGUUUGCUGCAGUUUCUUUCAUUAUAUACAAAUUCUAUAAGUACAUGAAAAUGUCCAGGUUGCUUGUUAAAACUGCAGAUAUGCAGAUUCUGAAAAUCUGAUGAUUUCUAAAGUAAUUGCACUCAUAAGUAUGUAAGUAACUACAUUAGUUAAACACUUUUUUUUUAUUUAGUAUAAAUCUUGGCCCAUCAGUUUUGAAACAUAGGAGUAAUAUUUAUUGUACUAUUAUUACAGCUUUCUUUUUUACUUUCCAGAAUUUAAUAUUUUUUUAAAACCAUACGUAUUUUUUUUUCGAAUGGUUUAAAUCCAUUUUUUCCACUACUUGUUUCUUUCAUUCCUUUCUCAGUAUUCAUGCUUAAUUUGUUAGCUAGUUCAUUAUACUUGGUAAGAAUGUUGUUUUGUUUGAUAAGGAAAGACAGAGGAGGAAAAUUAAAAGUUCAAUUUUUGGGAGAAUCUUGUAUUAUUGUAAAUCUACAUCCCUGCAAAGUUUGUUUUAUUAAUGAAAAGAAAUAAAAGUGACAGGGGAAUAAGUGUGUGAUAAGUGGAAUGUAUACUUGUAUUGAACAUUAAUGAAAAGGAGUAAAAGUGACAGGGAAAUAAGUGGACUGUAUCAUUUCCAGCAAGAAACUGUCUUACUGUUGCACAUCAAUGGGCAUGGAUGUUGUCAUACAAAUGUACUGUUAUUCAUUUCCUUACAUCUCGCACCAUUUAAGGUGAAUUUGGACUGUAUACUUUUAUUGUGUAGCUGAGCAUAGUUCUUAUAGUUUGUGGGUGGUACUACAUGCCUCUAAAAGAAAGAUCUGAGAACAUUUCUUGCUCAACAAAUAUUUAGUUUUUAGGUUCUUGUACAUUAUAUUACACAUCCUUGAUUGAUUUUUCUUAAGUAACUAAGCAAAUAUUUGACCUCCUUUUAAAUAAUUUAAAAUGUGUAACAUGAUAGAAUGAUAAAAUUAAGAAACUAUUUUUGGACUAUGUAACAGUUUGGAACAGAUCAUUGAGGUCGAGCUUUUCUGUGCAGGUAGUUAUGCAGCGACAAGAAUGUUACUUUAUUUAUUAAAUAAGAUGUAAAGUUAGGAUCAAAAUGCUAGAUUAUAUUUGCUUUUUUUUUUUUUUUUUUUUUUUUUUUUUGUGAAAGUAAAACAUUUAAAAAAGUUUCCAAAUUUAGCAGGCAGUUUCAAGUAUGUUAAAGCUUUCAUUUGACAGAAUAUCUUUAUAGAUUAGUGUAUUUAUUCUGUAAAAAAAUUAAGGUGUUAUAACAAAGCGUGAAUGAAUUUUCUCUGUAAAAAGUAAUUUAUAUAAAUAGUUAUAUAUAUAUAUAUAGUUCUGUUAUAUAUAAACAGUAAAAUUUUGAAGUGGGACUGUAACCAGUUCAAAAAUUGAAAACUCGGUUAAAAGAGAUUGCAUUUUAAAGUGUGCCAGUUUUGACAAGGUUUCUCUAAUUUUUAAAUUAAAAAAAAAAAAAAUGAAGGCUCAAAUACUGCAGCUAACAUUUUAGCAAAAUAUAUAAAUAAAAUUUACUUUGUUUAUUAGUUAAAUAGAUAAUCUUUACAAUAUUUUAUCUGUGACAGAAAUAUUCACAAAAAGCAAUAAGAAAACUGCAUUGAAGUAUGCACAACUUGGGAAAUUUUGUGAAAUUUCUUAUGUGCAUAUUUAUGCGACAAUUUUUUUUAAAAAUAUUGAUCUAUUCCUUUUUAUGAUAAUCUUAUAAUUAUGUCAGCUACUACACAAUCGUGUCAUAUUUCUGUCAACAAAAGAUCUAGAGAUGAAACAUAAGGAUAUUCCUUUUCAAAUUAAAAAACUUUGCUUAAGGUUUCAACAUUUUUAAUUUUCGUGUUGUUUAUUAUCAUUUUGUCAUCACUCUCAACAUAAUUGUAGUUUUUAUUAUUCUCAGAUCUAUGGCAUAAAUGAUUUUGUUUCUAAAACUAAAAAAAUUGAUUUGCUGUUUCCUCAGUAUAUUUAUUUCAGAGCCUCCAUCUUGAACUAUGCCUGCAUAUCCUUUGAAACAUACUUUCAAAUGCAUCAUCAGUUGAAUCAGACUGUUAAUAUUGCUUUCAUAUUUAACACAUCUGUGUAACCCACAUCUUUUAUAAUCAACAAGGCCAUUAAAUGACCUAUUUCAGAGAAAAAGGCUAAAUGACUAAUCACUGAUAAAAGAAUCCAUAAUUAUUAUUAUUUUUACCUUUUGUAAUAUUACUGCAUUUUUCCUGUGAUUUCUUUAAACUGAUAGGUUAACAGAGAUUAUACUGUAUUUGAGUGUUUCUUACAGUAUAAUUUAUAAACUUGUAUGUUCUUACAUUAUAGUAAUUUAUAAAUUUAAAUGUUUCUUACAUCAACAUUUAACUUUCACUUUUUGAAAUAGUAUAUUGUUGUUUUAUAUUGGUAAAUUUCGGACAUACAGUUAAUAUUGAGCAAACACCCUAGUUGUAAAAAUCAGUUUUGGUACAUAAGAAUAGGGGAAGACUUGAAACAUUUUAUACUUUUUCAUUAAUCAACCAGCAUUUGCUUAGAAUUAGGUAAAUAUAAACUCUAUCAGUAUUUAAUAUCUAUUUGAAUCUUUAAACAAUCUUUAAACAAGUUGAGAUAUGUGGGUCCAAUAUUAAAAAGUGCAUUAAAUAUAUAAGAAUUCCUUGGGUGAGUUCAAGUGCUUAUCUGAUAAUUGCACUAAUUGUGCCUAUGUAUGUUUGAUCUGUAGUUAUUAAUGUAUGAUUGAACCUGAAAUACUGACAGUGUAUUAUAGAAUAUAUUGCAGUUCCUGUAGUACUGUCUGCAAGUGUGAAAAUUAAAGACUGCAUUUUAUGAGUUGCAAAGAAUCUUUAAAAUGUGUAUUGUUGCUGGAAUGUGCAGUUUAUAGUUGAUGGCCGUAAGAUUGAAAUAUAUUGGUGAUAUUUAAUGUUAAUUCAAUCUUCUAGUAUUAAAAAAAUGUAAUGUUUCCAUUAUUUAUUAAUGCAAUAAAAAAAGCAUAUUUAUCCUACUCCUAUGCAAUUUCAUCUGAGAUAUUUUUGAGUAUGUUAUGAUACAAAUAUAUAAUUAAAUGCAGCUUGAAUGUAAUAUAGUUGCUACAGUGUAUAUUUUCAGAAUUGCUUAAUAUAAGAAUUAAAAAAUCUUGAUUCCAUGUGUUUUAUACGUUAAGAUGUAAAUAGUCAUUUGCUACUGUUUGAGUAAAAAAAAUUAAGCAUUUGUGAAUGUAUGUUAAAUUAAGAGUUUCGUUUUAAAAAUUAGUCUAAAGAUAUGAGAAAGUUUUUAGUCAUUGCUAGAUUCUGAUAUGGUUCUGUUAAUAGGAAAAUGCAUUAUACAUUAGUUUCUUUAUUCUUUAUAAGGAAAAAAGGAGCAAUGUUUUGCAGUAUUUCUUUCACUGCAUAUUUUAAAAUUCUAUUUUUGAAAAUAAUUUCAAAAGUAGAAGAAAAAUUUAUCAGUUAUUUCUUGAAGUAAAAUUAUUAGAAACAGUUAUGAAAAUGAUAAAUUUGGCAUCUAGUCGUCGUUCUGAGUAUUGUUGACAUAAAUAGUAAAGUCAUUCAAAAAAUGGUGAUCUUGAAUCGAUUGUGAUAUAGAGUGUGGUGCCAGUGUAUAGAUUUAAAAAUGUUUAUUCUAUUAAAUAACUUGAGAUUCCAUUUCAAUGCAGUUAUGUUCUGCCAAAGUCAUUAUGAAAUGCUUUAUUACUAAUCAGUGCAAUAUGAGAUAUUUAAGUGUCACAAUUCUCAUCCUUGUAUGCAUUUUAAAGUAUUCUAUCAUUCCCAGUAAAAUGGAACAUUAUAAGGACAAUUAAUUGUGAGCAUUUUUGAAAUGCCUAUUGUGUAAAUUUAAAUACUUUUUAAUCUUUUCUUUAUCAAUUUUUCAACUACUUGACUUUUUGCAAAUAGAACAAAUAUGUUAAUUGUAAGUAAGUUGUUCUGCUUUCCUUUACAUUUUAAAUAAAAUUUCCUUGUAUAGAAUUGGGUGAUGACUUCUUUAAUUAUAUUUAGAGAAUGUAUGUGACAAAUAAGUCUUCCAAAUAAUAAAUUUCACUACUUUUAAAAGUACUCAAAAUAUAAGCUGCAGUUGCUUUCAAAUCUAAAUGUGUUAAAUAUUGAUAAAUUUAUCUAUUAAUCACUGAGUGUUGGUAAUUGUCAUACCUGCAUGAAGUGCUUGACUUACUUAAUGUCAGAUUACAUUGUUUUGUAUCAUAUUUUGCAUUACUGUUCAUUUUUAAAACAAUCACAUUGAGAGAGGUGAUUAGAGGUGCAAAAUAUUCUGCAAAACAGAAAUAAUAAAUGUGCAGUAAAUCCAGACUUAAUGAUUAGUUAUACAACUCAGAGAAGUGAGUCUGAUAAAACAUUUUAAAAGAUAAUUUUAAAUAUGUGAUAUAUUUGAUAUUUUAAUUAAGAUAAUUUAAAAUGUUACUGUUCUUUUAAAAAAGUUUAAUGUUACAAAAUUAAUCUUUCGGACUAUUUUGACAUUUUGAAAACAUGUUUGAGAAAAUACUUGCUUGUGUGUCUUUCAAGGAAAUUUAUAGGCACAAGUGAAGUAUUUAAUUAUAUUUUACAUUUUAUCUUAUAUGGGAAAACAUACCUACUUACUGUCUUCAAAUUCAUUUAAACCUUCAAACUAAUGAAAAGGCAUUUUAAUUUGUAUUGUUGUAAUAUUUCAAAUAUUUGUUUUCUGUUUAGUAGAUUAUGUGGAGUUCUGUAUUUAAAUUUGGUGCACUGUCUUCGAAGAGGAGUUUCAGCACUUUCUUCAUUUUUCCCUUUUUCAAACCAAAUGUAUAUUUCUCGAAUAGGUUGUGUUCAUUCCAGUUUUAAGUUAUUUAUUAUGGCUAAUCGACAGAAUGCAAUAAUUUGGAAACUACAUGUUUUUAUUGUUAAUAUUGCAUAACUGCAUCAGUGUGUUUAAUGUAAAGAAAAGUAUCUUGUACAGAAAAAGAAGUUAGAUGUAUUUGUGUGUGUAUUCUGUAUGGUAUUUAAUAUAUUUUGAAGUCAUGUAGCAUAAUAUAUAUAAUAUAUAAAUAUAAUAUAUAUUUAUAAAUCAUUCCAAGAAAUGAAAAAUAUGAAUUUUCUAUAAUUGAAUAUAUAUAUAUCUAUACUAUAUGUGCAUGUAUAUAUUCAGGCAAUAAUGUAAAACAUUUCAUGCAUUGAUUAAACUAAUUUAAUUUUGUUAGUCAUAUUUUUAAGUGUGGUGCCGUGUGCUCACUUGCCUUCUUGUUAUGAAAGAAUUUAUGAUACUGCUGUUGAUUGUGAAUAAACUAUUUGAUUGGAGAAGUUUAAAAAAAUAAAUCUUUAUGAUUUUGUUAAAA